UACAAAACAUUGGUGUUUGUCUCAAAAAUGGGGUUGAAGCCCUUCCUCACCCUUAUUUGCAUACUCAAUCUCCAUUUCUUCUUACACACAUUUGCAGAUGAUACAACUAAUUCAAGCUCCUUGGAGACAUACAUAGUCCAUGUCGAUGUAAACCUCGGGUUUUUCGCUCGAUUCAAAGAUUUGGAGAGCUGGUACACCUCAUUCUUGCCAACCUCAAACGGUCGAGGAAGACUCGUCUACUCUUACCGCAAGGUGUUCAAAGGCUUUGCAGCAAGAUUAUCGGCCGAUGAAGUGAAAGCCAUGGAGAACAACCCGGGGUUCGUAUCGGCCAGGCCCGAAAGAAAAUUGGAGAAGCACACAACACAUUCCCCAAACUUCUUGGGCUUGAACCAAAACAUGGGCUUUUGGGAAGGCUCAAACUAUGGUAAAGGUGUGAUCAUAGGUGUCUUGGACUCGGGGGUUUUCCCGAGCCACCCCUCGUUCAGCGACGAAGGGAUGCCGCCCCCUCCCGCCAAGUGGAAGGGAAAGUGCGAGUUCAAUCCAACAACGUGCAAUAACAAGAUCAUCGGAGCUAGAUACUUCAGCGUCUUCGAUGAUAGCCCGUUGGACGAUGACGGCCACGGGACCCACACGGCGAGCACCGCCGCCGGAAGCUUUGUGGCAGGCGCCAACGUGUUUGGCAAUGCCAACGGCACUGCCGCCGGCAUCGCCCCUAUGGCCCACCUAGCCAUAUACAAAGUGUGCUCCUUAUUUUGUUUCGAAAGCGACAUAAUCGCCGCGAUGGAUACUGCUAUCGAGGAUGGAGUGGAUAUACUUUCUCUUUCCCUCGGAGGAUUUUCUUUUAGUUUUCACGACGACAGCAUCGCGUUAGGUGCAUUUAGCGCCAUGGAGAAUGGCAUAUUGGUCAGUUGCUCGGCGGGGAACAGUGGUCCGUUCAACCUAUCAUUGGAGAACGAAGCCCCGUGGAUCCUAACGGUCGGUGCUAGUACUAUCGACAGAAAGAUAAGGGCGACGGCCUUGCUUGGAAACAACGAAACUUUCGAUGGUGAAUCAGCUUUUCAGCCGUUGGAUUUUCCAUCGACGUUGUUGCCUCUCGUCUACGCCGGAUCGCUCAAUACGAGCGAUCCAUAUAUACGAUUUUGUACUGCAGAAUCGUUGAACAAAACCAAUCUCCAAGGAAUGAUAGUUGUGUGCGACGCCGGCGUGGUGGCAAGACUUUCGAAAGGAAUAGCAGUGAAAAAUGCCGGUGGAGCCGCCAUGAUUUUGGUGAAUCAUCAGUAUUCGGCAAAUACGACCGCGGCGCAAGCCCACGUUCUUCCAGCAACACACGUCGGCUACGCCGACGGGUUGAAGAUUAAGACUUACAUAAACUCAACCAUCACACCAAUGGCAACAAUACUAUUCAAAGGCACUAUAAUCGGCGACGACCGGGCCCCGGUGGUCGCUGCCUUUUCGUCCCGAGGGCCCAAUUACAUUAGCCCGGGGAUCCUAAAACCUGACAUUUUAGGGCCCGGAGUAAACAUUCUUGCGGCAUGGCCGUUCUCGAUCGAGAACAACACCAACACGAAUUCCACAUUCAACAUUAUUUCCGGCACAUCCAUGUCGUGCCCUCACCUGAGCGGCGUGGCAGCGCUGAUCAAGAGUGUGCACCCCGAUUGGUCGCCAGCGUCCAUAAAGUCUGCCAUCAUGACCACCGCCGAUGUUGUGAAUCUAGCCCUAAAUCCAAUCGAGGACGAACGGUUCGUUCCAGCAAACAUAUUCGCCACCGGCUCGGGCCAUGUGAACCCGUCUCGAGCCAGUGAUCCGGGCCUUGUGUACGAUAUCCAUCCGGAAGAUUACUUGCCUUACCUGUGCGGCUUGAACUACACGAACCGACAGGUCGGCACUAUUCUGCAACGGAGAGUGAAUUGCUCGGUGGAAGCCAGAAUACCAGAUGCACAGCUCAACUACCCGUCGUUUGCCAUCACUUUCGGCCGCUCGCAGCCGAUUACUCAGACGUACACAAGGACCGUCACGAAUGUCGGCGAGCCUGUUUCGUCGUACGUUGUCGAGAUUGUCCCGCCACCAGGGAUUGGUGUUGUCGUCGAGCCCACUACCCUCGACUUCACCGAGGUGAACCCGAUACUGCAGUAUCAAGUGACGUUCACCAGACUGGACUCGACCACCAACAAUGCAGGUUACAUUCAAGGUUACCUGAAAUGGAAUUCCGGCGUCAAGUACUCCGUUAGGACUCCGAUUGCCGUUAUAUUGCGAUGAUCAUCGGAGCCUGCCGGAGGAAUCUUUACUACAUAAUAUGCCAUCUAAUUAAUUAUAAAAUAAAUUGCCAUCUGUGUGUUAUAUUGCGGGAAAAAACGAAGACUGUAAAAGUAAAGCAUCUCUUGAAUCAAACAUUUGGAAUUGGUUAUGUGUUGUCAUGAAGCAAUAUAUAUUAAUGAUUUUUUAU